GUUCCAGUUCCUCCCAUAAAGUUUUCAAGUGCCAUCCGAUUUCCAUCCACCAGGAAAUAGUUCAAAUUCCCAACCAAAAUAAUAAUAAUAGUAAUAGGGAAUUUGAAUAGGUACAGGGUAAAGUGGAGUUGAAGACCGGUUGGAUUACGUGCACAUAAAAACGCAGCGGUGAUAAAAAGGCGACUGCGCAUUAACGAGACAGAUUGAGGAAGGGACACGUAGUGGGAGGCGAUUGAAAACCCUCUGGAGUUGAUCGUCACAUGACAGCAGACGCAUCGCUUCCAAAAGCCAUAAGAAUGUCGAGUUCUCCAGUUCUCGAAGGUGAGGAGAAGGCGGAGCUGGUAGACGAGCCCCUGUUCAGCACCCUGGACAUCGUUCUCCUGGGGGCCCUUCUCCUCGCCGGUGUGUGGUACCUCAUGAGGAGGAACAAACAGGAGGAAUACACACCGACGACAAAAUCAUAUUCGAUUCAACCGACGACUUACACUGCCCCAGCGCAGUCGGAAAAUUCAUUUGUCAAAAAGUUGAAGACAUCAGGACGUAGUUUGGUGGUGUUCUAUGGUAGCCAGACGGGUACUGGUGAAGAAUUCGCUGGACGACUCGCCAAGGAGGGGGUCAGGUACAGAAUGAAAGGAAUGGUAGCGGAUCCUGAGGAAAGCGAUAUGGAAGAACUAGUGAAUCUAAAGUCCAUCCCUAAUAGUCUGGCAGUUUUUUGCAUGGCGACUUAUGGUGAAGGUGACCCAACGGACAAUGCCAUGGAAUUUGUGGAUUGGUUGAAGAAUGGAGAUGCAGACCUCAACGGCCUGAAUUACGCGGUGUUUGGCCUCGGCAACAAGACCUACGAGCACUACAACGAAGUGGCGAUUUACGUGGACCAUCGCCUGGAGCAGUUGGGUGCGACGAGGGUGCACGAGCUGGGACUUGGGGACGACGACGCUAAUAUUGAGGAUGACUUCAUCACCUGGAAGGACAAGUUCUGGCCGGCGGUGUGUGACUUCUUCGGGAUUGAGGGAGCUGGUGAGGAUGUCAGCAUUCGUCAGUACAAGCUCACUGAGCACCUGGACAUGCCUGCCGAGAGGGUCUACUCCGGGGAGAUAGCGAGGCUGCACUCGUUGAAGACUCAGAGGCCUCCCUACGACGCCAAGAACCCCUAUCUUGCCCCGGUGAAGGUCAACCGAGAGUUGCACGGUCCGACGUCCGAUCGUUCCUGCAUGCACAUAGAAUUCGACAUCGACGGCUCCAAGAUGCGUUACGAUGCCGGUGAUCACGUGGCGGUGUAUCCGGUGAACAAUUCCGAGUUGGUAAGCAAAAUCGGUGAGAAAUGCGGCGCCGACCUGGACACGGUGAUCACCCUCACCAACACCGACGAGGAGUCCACGAAGAAACAUCCGUUCCCCUGUCCCUGUAGUUAUCGCACAGCUCUGACCCACUAUCUGGACAUAACCGGUAAUCCUCGAACGCACGUGCUGAAGGAGUUGGCGGAGUACUGUUCAGAUCCAGCUGACAAGGACAGGCUCAAGCUGAUGGCCUCAACGACCGCCGAGGGGAAGGCUCUCUACCAGGACUGGAUUGUCAAUGACAAUCGCAACAUCGUUCAUAUUCUCGAGGACGUGAAGAGUUUGAAGCCAGCGCUGGAUCACCUCUGCGAACUUCUACCGCGUCUCCAGUGUCGGUACUACUCAAUCUCCUCGUCGUCGAAGCUCUUCCCCUCGGAUAUUCAUAUCACGGCUGUUGUUGUUGAGUAUAAAACACCCACUGGGAGGAUCAACCAGGGAGUUACCACCACUUGGUUGAAGCAGAAACACCCCACGGAUCCACCCAGCACUGUUCCCAUCUUCGUGAGGAAGAGCCAGUUCAGGUUGCCCUCGCGUCCAAUCACUCCGAUCAUCAUGGUCGGGCCAGGAACUGGGAUUGCUCCCUUCCGUGGCUUCAUCCAGGAGCGGGACCUCGCCAGGAAGGAUGGCAAAGAGGUUGGUGACACUAUCCUGUACUUCGGCUGCAGAAGGAGGGACGAGGACUUCCUCUACAAGGAAGAGCUCGAGGAAUACGUGAAGAGUGGAACCCUCAAACUUCACACAGCCUUCAGCAGGGAGCAGGAUAAAAAAGUUUAUGUCACGCAUCUUCUGGAGAAGAAUAUGGAUGAGAUCUGGGACGUCAUCGGGGCGAAGAAUGGACAUGUUUAUAUUUGCGGGGACGCUCGCAAUAUGGCACGCGAUGUGCACAAUAUUCUUCUGAAGGUCGUCCAGGAGAAGGGCAAGAUGACGGAAAUGGAAGCAACGAACUACAUUAAAAAAAUGGACUCGCAGAAGCGUUACUCCAGCGAUGUCUGGAGUUGAAUAUUUUUUAUACAAUAUUUUUUAUAAAUACUGUCCCCAACGUGAUGAUGGGCUCUCUGAGGCUCCUCGUGGUGCCAGGUGCCCAGAUGAGCGAAAGAUAUUUCUAUUCUGUAUAUAAUGCAUAAAUAUUAUUGCUUAGCAAUUAAUUGAUUAAUUGAUCAAUCAUUAAAGUCUUUACACGGAAAAACAAUGUAGACUUUUCCCUUAAUUACGCAAUUAUCCCGAAAACGAGAGGGUUUACGAAGAAAUAUGUUGAGAUAUUUUUUACGGAAAAUUUAAUUUUGAAUACAACAUGUCUUGUUCCAUUUCUUCGUCAAAUCACUCGUUAGGGAGAUAAUUACGAUUUUCAUGAGACGAAACUACGCUGUCACUUCACUGAGGAAUUGCGUCAUUUAUUUUGGUUAAAUUAAUGUGAAAUUAUCGAAUGUUGGAGUGUUGUCUUCUCCACAAUGAUCAUUUACUGUUUACUUCAAUGCACAUUUAAAUUAAGUGAUUCACUACUGAAAUAACUGAACAAUAAUUAACAUUAAUCAAUAGUUUAUCACAAGCCCACAGGGAAGGGAGAAUAUUUUACAGUCCUUGAAGAUGAUAUAUAUGUUUAGAAAAAAAAUUUAUCUUAUUUCGAUGUGAGAGAGUCAAUCGUUAUGUUGUAAUAACGUUUACACAUAUUGUAAUUGAUAUUUGUAAUAGAAAAGAAAUGCAGUUGAUAAUUUU